AUGUCUGAGAGACUCCGCGCUGGUGCCUACAUAAUCCGCAAUAAAUACCGGUCCCUCGUGCUUCAUGCCCAAAUUGCUGAGUUUGGAAAGGAAGAGGGGUCGUCCGUGGUAGUGAUGGGCCGGGAUGAAAGCGUUUAUCGCUAUCAGCAGAUCUGGUGGAUUGAACCUAUCCCUUACCAAGAGCAUAUUAACUCAUAUAUGAUCACCAACACUGGCACUGGGCAAGCUCUGGAGAUCACCGGAGGAAAGCUUGAGAUUAACAAAAAUGUUGGUGGGGCGCGGCAGAGAUGGUGGAUUGAGAGAUUCACUGGGGAUGACGAAAGAAUAUACUACAACAUAAUCAGCAUCGGCGAUGAACGCAUCAUGCACAUCACCCCCGCGGAUGUGGGCUGUGGGAGACCCGCCCUCUGCACCGGUGAUGGGGAGUCUGAUAGUGACACUCAGAGCUGGGAAUUUCUCAAGCCCGUUGUUGCCAUUCCUCCUGGCUGGGUUCGCAUAAUGAAUAUCUCGACAGGGCACGUUCUUUGCCACGACUACAACACGAGCCCACCUGUUCUUAUACCUCCGCCCGCUCAACUGCCCCCUCAAUACCGUGAGACAUGGGGGACUCAAUGGUGCUUUCACAAAAUUCUGAAUCCUGGCCCCUGGAAUGACAAGGCAACUGCGCGUUUAGCAUGGGUUGUGAAGAACAGGCUUACGGAUGCGGUAUUGCACGUUCAAGAGGACAAGUAUAAUGUCUGGACUGUUCAGGCCUCCGGAAAUCAGGAAUACAACGAAUACCAGUCCUGGAGCCUUGAGUUCGACGAGGACGGGAACUGGAUUAUUAGAAACGAGGAGAUGUUCUGUCUGCUUGAGGAAGGCAGCAAAUUGCAAGGACAAAUCCCUGGCAACGAACUAAUCUGCAAAGAUGAGCGCUUUUCCAGGACCGGAGGUAAAAGUUGGCUUAUCCGAUCUGUUGUUGAGGUUGAUGAUGGUAGUCCGGUCGAUGCUUGCGGUCCGGUCGACGCCGUACCCGUUCGCACUCCAGCUCCAAAUAUACAAGUCAUGAUACUACCCCACAACCAUCCCCAGGUAGAGCAGAUAAAAGGGGAACUCUACGUCUGGAAUAGAAAUAAUAGCGAACAGCACACACUUGACAGUUGGGCAUGGCACUGCCAUCGGGAGGAUCAGGCAAUACUAGUUUUGGGCCAGGGAAAAGAGACGGUAGAAGUAGGGAGGAUUAAGCAGAAGACAGGGGUCGUCAAGUUCCGGCGGGAACUAUUCUUAGAUACGAAAUUGAGAAUGCAGAGAGCAAUUACAAUUCUUGGUCGAGGAACGGAAGACGGGGAGAAGGAGAUAACUACGAUUAUAUUUGAGUAG